GUAGAAAGCAAAGCAGAUUCUCUGUUGAAAGAGGGAUUUCACUGUGUUAGCCAGGGUGGUCUCCAUCUCCUGACCUCAUGAUCUGCCCGCCUCGGCCUCCCAAAGUGCUGGGAUUACCGGCUUGAGCCACCACGCCUGCACAAAAUUUUACUGAUAUUAUUUAUGGAAACCUAAGAAGAGAAACAGCUACCUGAAAAAUAGAUCUGAAGAGAUUUAUCCAUGUAUUUUUGUUUGAGUUAAUAAAAUGGAAAGAGAAAAAGUAGUAAACAAACAUGCAUGUUGUAAUUUGCAAGCUCAAUAUAGAUCUAAUACAUGUUAUAAAAGGAUAUAAUUCUUAAAAUGAAGAGUAUAGUACCUAUUCUUGAGGCAAAGGAAGAAUUAUCAGAUUAGGAAAUUGCAAGUAGCCAUUGGAUUAUUUGGCGAUACACAAUUUCUUAAGCCUUUCUCAUGAUCAGUGCAAAAAUCAUCAGAUACAUCCCAGCUUCAAAUGUUUGUAAGCUAAGAACAUAUUCUUAAUUCAAUUACACUGCAAGGCAGUAAACCCUCAAAGUGUUGCAGGAUGCUGAAACAACUAUUUACUUUACCAUACUAAAUUUACCAUACUUGCUUUACUCUCUCCCAAGUGAUUGCAAAGCUGAUUUAUUAGACUGAGAAUACUGAGUUUAAUAACAGAAUUAGAUUAAUACAUGACAAGAAGAUCACACCCAGGAAUUGUCCUUGCCAUCUAGUGGAAGUCCUAGAAAAUGAUUCCUUAACGUCUAUAACCACUUAUUUUCUUCCUCAAACAGAUGAAUUUCCAAACUCUGACAUGGCUCCUGAAAAUUUCACCAGGGUCACUGAGUUUAUUCUCACAGGUGUCUCUAGCUGUCCAGAGCUCCAGAUUCCCCUCUUCCUGGUCUUCCUGGUGCUCUAUGUGCUGACCAUGGCAGGGAACCUGGGCAUCAUCACCCUCACCAGUGUUGACUCUCGACUUCAAACCCCCAUGUACUUUUUCCUGCGACAUCUAGCUAUCAUCAAUCUUGGCAACUCUACUGUCAUUGCCCCUAAAAUGCUGAUGAACUUUUUAAUAAAGAAGAAAACUACCUCAUUCUAUGAAUGUGCCACCCAACUGGGAGGGUUCUUGUUCUUUAUUGUAUCGGAGGUAAUGAUGCUGGCUGUGAUGGCCUAUGAUCGCUAUGUGGCCAUUUGUAACCCUCUGCUCUACAUGGUGGUGGUGUCUCGGCGGCUCUGCCUCCUGCUGGUGUCCCUCACGUACCUCUAUGGCUUUUCUACAGCUAUUGUGGUUUCACCUUGUAUAUUCUCUGUGUCUUAUUGCUCUUCUAAUAUAAUCAAUCAUUUUUACUGUGAUAUUGCACCUCUGUUAGCAUUAUCUUGCUCUGAUACUUACAUACCAGAAACAAUAGUCUUUAUAUCUGCAGCAACAAAUUUGGUUUUUUCCAUGAUUACAGUUCUAGUAUCUUAUUUCAAUAUUGUUUUGUCCAUUCUAAGGAUACGUUCACCAGAAGGAAGGAAAAAAGCCUUUUCCACCUGCGCUUCGCAUAUGAUAGCAGUCACGGUUUUCUAUGGGACAAUGCUAUUUAUGUAUUUGCAGCCCCAAACCAACCACUCACUGGAUACUGAUAAGAUGGCUUCUGUGUUUUACACAUUGGUGAUUCCUAUGCUGAAUCCCUUGAUCUACAGCCUGAGGAAUAAUGAUGUAAAGGUUGCCUUAAAGAAAUUCAUGGAAAAUCCAUGUUACUCCUUUAAAUCAAUGUAAUUUUAGAGCUCUAUAAAUAAAUGAAGAGAUAGUUCAUGUAACCUGCCAUUAUGUAAGAGAAAUAAAAGUAAGUUUACAAGCAAUCCUAAGAAUUACCAAGAGGUAAGAUUUAAAGAUCAUUGAAUUAAAAAAAAAUACGUGGAAACAUUUUGAGUUAUGAGAGUAAUACAAAACAAAAAUAUUAUUUAUUAACUUUGCCCAGAAAUAAUCAGGUAACCAGUUUGAAUAAAAUAUUUUCAGGAGUAAGGAGCAUAUCAGUUUUUAAAAGAUUAAGUUUUAACAGAGCUACAAAAUAGGAACAAGAGAAUUAAAGUGAAUAUUUUUCAUUCUGUGGACUCCUUUUCUUCUUUCUGGGUAUGAUUGGUAGAGUGGAUGCCUGCAUCUUGAAAAACUGUAACUACAGAUGACUAAAAUCAUUUUUACAACAAAGUUAGCAAAUUUGAACUGACAAUAAUAUUUAAAAUAAAGCUCUUUAACUCUUAAUAUUGUUUGAAUAUACAAUAAAGACAUACUAUCAAUUAAUACAUAUUUUAAAUCCUCAUCAUAUAAUUGAAAAUAUUUUAUUCCAAUUAAUAUAUUUUCUGCAAUUUUUAAAUAAAAUGCUCAGACUACUAUCACUGAAUAUGCUUUUAUACUGGGUUUGCUUUGUAAACAUCAGACUUUAUAAAAAUUUCCUUUUCUCCUUCCUCUAAAUAUCAUUCAUCCUUCAUAGGUAAAACAAAUGUUCUAUUUUUGUAUAUUAAUAAACUUUAAAACAACUUGUUCACGGGAGUUUCUUACAUCAUUAGAAAUAUUUUUUGAAUUUUUGUUCUUAUUUUCUGAUAGUUUUUGAUCCGUAAGUGUACACUUACACCUAUUGUACAACUUAUAAUAUAUAGGAAUAAUCAGACUAUAUCCCAGACUUAUCAAAUAAAAAUCAUAAGGCAAAAGUCAAAAAACUCAUAUUAUAAGUGCCAAUGGGGAUUCUGGCAUUGAAACUUAGGAAUAUAUCCUACAAAUAAAGAACUAGACUGGAAGAUACAUAUGGAAGAUUAUGUUGACAUUCUGUGUGUGUGUUCAGUUUACUUGUAAGUAGGUUCUAGUGUUAAAGAGUUCCUUCAGGACUAAAGGACCAAAGAAACUAAAUCUUCAGUCAUGAAUAAUUAUGAAUAAUUAUGAAAUGGUAUGAAUAAUUAUGAUAUGAUAUGAAUAAUUAUGAAUGAUAUGAAUCAUUAUAAUAUUAAAAAGGAAAUAAAACACAACUCUACAGUACAAAAUUAGACUCAAGUAACUGGAAAAGUAGUGAUUGGAUAUCUUUUAAUUUGCCUUGGUGUUGAGAUAUUCAGUCUACUUUUCACGCCAAUCUUUCUUCCACUUGGUGAAAGAAUGAAAAGGCAGGAAAAAGCUAUCUUGUUUGCAUAAGAUGAGAUUUUUGAGGUAACAUAAUCACUUUUCCACAGCCCCAAAUUCAUUACCAUUUUUACUGUGCAUUACAUUUCCAUCAUAAUUUUUUUUUAUAAAAAGUCAUCUUUGGAUUCCACUGAAUACGUUUUCUAGUUAGGCCUUCUAUUGAACAAUGGAAUAAUAUAACCACAUGUUUAAUAACAAAAUUUGUUCCACCAAACUCAGUUUUUAUAAACUAUUAACAAGGUCCUCAAAUGACGAUUUUUAGAUUUAGGAAGAAAUGCUAGAAGACCAUAAAAUUGUUUGUAGCCAAAUAUGACAAAUGAAAUAUAAUGAAUUUUACCAGAUCUAUUAUAUAUUGAUGUCAGGUUUUUAAUUAAAUUUUCAACCCUAAAUAUUAUAAUGCAAUGAAAGUUUAUCAGUUGAAAAAUCAUUGGUUUACCUAGUGCGAUAAUAAAUGAAUGGAGUACUAUUUAUGUGUAUGCAUGUAAUAAUCUGGGAAUUCCUAAUGAAGAAGAAUUAUCCUUCUUAGAAAUUAAUUUGCCAGAAAUGUUUGGGCAUCUAUACUAGCCUGGUACUGUGAAGAGUAUUCCAGAAAAUAUGACUUUAUUUUGAUGCUAAAGUAGGGAAAAAUAUUAAAACACUGAGUGCUUAAUGAUAAAGU